AUGGUGUCGGAAAAGGACAUAGAAUCCCCAGCAGGGAAGACGGUUGAUCCGAAACAGAAAGGCGACCUCGUGGAAUUCGAUGGCCCCGACGAUCCAUACAUGCCGCUCAACUGGCCAUUUCGGAAGAAGAUCCUCACUACCAUUUGCUAUGGACUGACCACUUGUUGGAUUACAUUUGCCUCUGCUGUCUAUUCUGCUGGGAUUUCUGCCAUCGGCGAAGACUUCAAUGUCGGCUCGGAGGUCACAGCGACUGGAAUCAGUUUGGUCCUCUUUGGAUUUGCCGCGGGGCCGCUGCUCUGGGCACCAUUAGGUGAAGUCUACGGUCGGAAAUGGACCGUCUUAGUGCCGUAUUUUAUCGCCGGCGUGUUCUCUUUUGGCACGGCGACGGCCAAAGACAUCCAGACCGUCUUGAUCACCCGGUUCUUUACAGGCUUCUUUGGGAGUGCUCCCGUGACCAGCACGGGGGGUCCCACAAUGGCGCCCAUUGUUGGCAGCGCGGUGACAUCGUCUUAUCUGGGGUGGCGCUGGACAGAGUACCUGUCUGGAAUCGUGAUGGUCUCCCAGUUCGUCCUCGAUGCUCUGGUGCUCGAGGAGAGCUAUGCCCCCGCUCUACUCACAUACAAGGCCCGGAGACUACGAUUUGAAACCCAAAAUUGGGCCUUACACUCCAAGGCAAGUUUUCAUCUCGUGGUUCAAAUAUUGCCCAACUAA